AGACCGUAUGGCACUAAAUGAUGAGGCGGGGCGAUAGAAGAGGAGGAGGGUACAGUGAGUGGGCUUCUAUUUUUUUAUUUCGAGCUCAGUGCUUAGUUGGGAGUUGGAGAUGAUCGACUCAGGGGGUUAUGAUGAAAUGAUGGCGUCGGCGAAUGACUCGCGGCAGCAGCAGCACGUUCAGAAGGACGCAGCAGAUCAGAACUUUGAUUACAUGUUCAAGCUUCUGAUUAUUGGCAACAGCAGUGUGGGCAAAACCAGCUUCUUGUUCCGCUACGCAGACGACUCCUUCACGUCGGCCUUCAUCAGCACCGUUGGCAUUGACUUCAAGGUCAAAACGGUCUAUCGGAACAACAAGCGGAUCAAGCUGCAGAUAUGGGACACUGCGGGACAAGAGCGCUAUCGAACCAUUACUACAGCUUAUUACCGAGGAGCCAUGGGCUUCCUGCUUAUGUUUGACAUUACCAACCAGGACUCCUUCAGUGCUGUUCAGGACUGGGCUACUCAGAUUAAGACGUACUCAUGGGACAAUGCACAGGUGAUUCUGGUGGGUAAUAAAUGUGAUCUGGAGGACGACCGACUCAUUCCAACAGAGGACAGCCAGAGAUUAGCUGAUGAACUAGGAUUUCAGUUCUUUGAGGCCAGUGCCAAAGACAACAUCAACGUGAAGCAGGUGUUUGAGCGGCUGGUGGAUAUAAUCUGUGAGAAAAUGAAUGAAACUAUGGAGGGAGACGGUCCACUUAACAGCCAUAAAGAUCCCAACGUACUGGACUCUCCAGCAGAUGAGCAUAGAGGCUGUGCCUGCUAAAACACCAACACCACACCUUUUUACUUCUGUUCUGCUCUCCAUACUGCAUACUACUACCCUACUGCUGUAUGUACACCUAUCUUGGAGCAAUAUGGCAAGACUUAGACUUGUUGCUCUGGAGAAAGUCUGAGGUCUGAUUUAUCUUCUGCACUUUUUCACAUUUCUUAGACUUAAAGUAAAUCGUGUGCCAGUCUCUGCCAAAAUGGUACAAACUGGUGUACUUUUAAGUGUUUGGCAAACAUUAUUUAUUUGGCCAGUCGAGUUGUGAGUGCCAUAAUAAUCUUACAGUCCUCAUUAACUGUUGCAGAUCAUCAUACCUCAUGUGUUACAAACUUAAACCACUAAACAGCUGGUAAGGGUCUUUGUACUAUCAGCGAACAGAUAAACAGCUGUCCAACCACACCCAUGCAUUCCCUUACAGCCAUGUUACCCACAGCCACCACUUUUCUAAAUCGGGGGCCCCAGUUUGGUAGAAUUUUAGGCUACACUAGAUGUGUCCUGCCAAUUAAUGUUGUUUGUGUUUGUAAUGGGUGCAGUUACUAGCCCAUUUUAUAUGAGCACAGACAAGUCAUUUCUUACAUAUAUAUGUUUCUUUAUGCUUUUGUCAAAUUCUUCACAUUUAUUUUCAGUAUCCACUUUAUUCUGGUCAGUGUGCCAGUAUGUCACACAUAAGCAUAGCUUAUUCCCGUAUUUAUAUGAAGUGGUAAUUUAUUCCAAGUGGUAAGUUUACAGUAACCGACUAGCAAGUUUUUAGGAGAUGGGGAAAAAACAGAAUACCGGAAGUAAACCUAUGCACAUCUACCUGUAUAACCAUUGCCAAUUCCCAAUCAUUAGCUGAGUCCUUCCAAUCACACAACAGUUACAAACCUGGUCACUUCUUUAUAAACUCUGUACAAUUGAAAAUGGACCUUUAAUUGAAGAUCCAAAUCCUAAAUAUCCUAGUCUGCAGCACAACUGUGUCAAAAGGGUACUCAAAGCCAUAAUCUCUGUAUAAUAGGACCACUGUUUUUUCUUGUGUUUAGAUUGGAGUUCCAGUUGACCAAUUAAUACUCCCCUAUCUAUCAAAUUAUUUUCUUAUUUUGUUUAAAUAAAUAUAUGGCUAGGCAAACUCACAAACGAGUGUCAGGUAUGUUGUUGGGCACUCAAACUCACCUGCUGAAACUUAGAGAGCUGGUUUGAGUGACACCGUCCAAUGUCAAUAAGAUUUGUUGAGGAUCAGAUGGACAGAAAAAGCAGGAGCAAGGUCUUCUUUAUGGCACAACAGCCUUAAUCAACUGCUAGAUUCUUGGCCAGUUUGUGUGACUGUAAACAAUGUCAUUCAUAUUCAAGCAGCUUCUAAUUUAUGGCAGCCUUGUUUUAUGGUUGUUCUUGGAUUACAUUUGACCAUCUAGACAAAUUCCCUCUUAACAGAACAGGUGACAGUUUGGGUUUUCGUGGUAUUGGGUAUAUGGAUGUCAAGUAUUAAGCUUUUGAGAAUGCCUACUGUUUCAACAUCCUGGUGCAACCUGGUCAGUAUGAUAACACAUAAACUAAAGUACCUUCUAUGGCACAUUGUUUAAUCUCCACCCCUUGCUUUUCUUUUUCGUAAUUUACCACACAUACAGUAAACUGCCGUUGUUAUCUGUUGGCACCUCUGAGUAGAUACACUCUGGUCUUUUUUUCUUUUGUCUUGUUUUAAUUUAAUGCCAGCCUGCUGAAAAAGUAUCAUGGAUAAAGCAAUUGUCGUUCCCUUAUAAAGAGUACGAAACCUGGUCCACUUUUUAUUAACACUAGCUAUUUGUUUUCUGUAGCUCUGUUUGCUAACUGGGUUUAUUCAGUGUCUGCUACUGUAUUUAAUCAUCUGUGCAGUAUUGAAGGCUUUUGUUCUACUGGACGGACAUUAUUAGCACACCUGACUAGCAGCUGGAGCAGCGCUAGCGAUUAAUACACACAAGCAUUAAUACACACUCUAUUUUACUCAGUGGAUUUUGUAUAUCUGCUCUGUUCUGUUUUGGGCCGGCAAUGUUGAAAGAAGUAAAGAACUGAAUGUAUGGACUGUUUACAAAAUAAAGCUUUUUAUUUAA